GACAGUCGCAGCGUGAGCAGCAGCUCGAGCUCCAGCAGCCACAGCGGAGAUGACAGCACAGAGAAAACCAGGAAAGGGUUCAAAGAGCUGCAGAUGGCUCGACGCAGGAAGGAGCUGGAGGAGAUGUUGAGUCUGCCAACCAAGUCUAUCCUGAAGAAACGCAAUGACUCCGAGGACUCACCAUCACUCAGGAGCUCAGACUCUCCCAGAGGUCCAGAAGGCUCCAACAUUUGCCGGAUGGCCGACCAGCUGCUGCUGGCUGUUAAAGGCAUGGAGCCGCACAGGGUGGCCUCCAUGCUGUCAGAGCUGCGCACUGACCCGCAGAUGGCUCAACGCGCCAACCUCGACGCCGAGAUCAAAGAGAUCCUCAACCUGCUGGGGGGGCAGGCCACGGGGGCCAAGGCUCUGGAGAAGAUGGUGGACGACAUCGAAGAUGAAGAGGAGUUCCUGUACGGAGACUCGGAGGAGCCCAAACCUCCACCAGCGUCCGAGCCUAUCCGACACCAUGGCCUGGAUCUGUACGGAGACGUGACGGAGGAGGCGCUGUACGGAGACUACCCGCCGCAGAAAGCCGCCAUCGCUCAGGCGUAUGGCCUCCCACUGGGGGCCUCGCCUCGCCUUCAGGCCACUCCCAUCAUGGGGGAGGUGGACAUGAGGUACGUGAGCCAGCCCACGAUCAGCCCCGACCAGAACAUCACGGUCCAGAUGUCGAACCCCGCCUAUAUGCCUGGGAUGGAACCGCUGGAGGAGAGCGAGCGCCAGGCGCUGGAAGAGUAUGAGAAGAUCCAGGACCUGUUGAAGACCAUCGGCCUGGACUUGGGUGUGACCGAGAUCAGCAAGAUGGCCGCCAGGACCAAAGAGAGGCUUCAUGGAAACAAGCCGCCUCCGAAGACGCCCACACGCUGCAGACGGUACUCCUCCGGGAGCUCGGACGGCAGCCGCCGAAGCCGGGGCCGCAGGAGGCAGAGCCACAGCGGCAGCUCCAGCUCCAGCAGCAGCAGCAGGAGUCGCAGCCGUGGGCGGGGGAGCAGCAGGAGCAGUGACAACAGCCGCCACAGGAAGAGCUCAGCUCCACCCAGACCUCACAAAGACAGAGACAUAAAAGAGUCACGCAUCGAGCCAAACGACACAGCGCCACCGCCACCGCACAAAGAGCCGCCACCACCACCACCACACAAAACCCUCGUCUCCAACGCUCUCCUGUCUCCUGCCAUGCCCAUACCCACCUACCCCCCCUUGCAGGUCCAUGGCAUGAUGCCCCCCACCUUCCCCCCACCAGGUUACAGCCAGUAUGGAAACUACCUUCCCUACACGCACCAGCAGUGGCCACCCAUGUACCCGCCCCCCAAUGUGACCAUGCCCCCCCAGACUGGCCACGACGAGUUCCCCCCAACACUGCCCUACAAACAGCCCUACAACAAAGCGCCCCCUGAUCCCGGGGUCAAAGGUUUGGUGAAGAGUUGUGUUCGGGACGCUGAGAAGGGAAAAGUCGGCAACAAUGACAGGAGAGUGUCUGAGGAGCAGAACAACGAGAGUCAAAAACAAAAGGUUCUGGAGGAGAGGGAGAAGCUGAAGCAGGAGAGAGAGAUCAGGAUGAAGAAGAAAGAAUAUCUGAUGAAGGAGCUGGAGAGGCUCAGGAAGCAACAAGGCGAGCUCCUGAGGAAGAAGCGCCGGGAGAAGGGAGGCCACAAAGACCCUCUGCUGCAGGAGAUCAGCCACCUGCAAGAGGAGGUCAUGACUCAGAUCUCCAACCUGCGCAAAGAGCAUGAGACCGCCGAGAAGAAACGCAACGAGAUCGACAAGGUGGCGCUCAUCCUCGGCCUGAGCCCAUCAGACCGGCCCCGCAGGACCAACAAGCUGGCUAAGGAACAGGAGGACGAACUGCCAUCGCCAUCAGAGAAGAAGAAACGGGAUGCGGAGAGGAGUCCUGAUGGCCGUCAGGCAGCCGGCAGCUCCAUGAUCAAGACCUCAGAGGCCCCGCCGCCGUCAACAGUGUCUCCGGACAAGCCCUCCACCAGCUCCCCGGCUCCACCUCCGCCCCCGGAGCCGUUUGAAUACUAUGACGCAGGAAACCAGUGGUGCAAAAACUGUAACGUCACCUCUGGUUCCAUGUUUGAUUUUUUCACGCACUUGCACAGCAAAACACAUCGAAAGACUCUGAACCCGUACGACCGGCCCUGGGCUUUUACUCCCACCAAAACCUCCAAGAACGCUUCGUCAGAAGAGAAGCUGACCAAACCAGCCAAAGGUUCGGAGUUCUUGCUGCCCGUCAGAGGAUUCUUCUGCCUGCUAUGUAAAGAGUUUUAUGGAGAUGCCAUUUGUGCAGAAGAGCACGUCACCACACAUGCUCACAAUGAGAAAUACAAGAAACAAAUAUACGAGAACCCCAUGUAUGAACAGAGGAGGAACCUGGACCGGCAGGCAGGACUGGCUUCAGAGACAAGUGGAAAGAAACGCAAACAUGAGGACGACGAGAAGGUAAACAAAGACAAGGAGGAAAAGUCCAAACACAAAAAGGAGAAAAAGGACAAGGAGAAAAAUAAAGAAGAGGACAUCCAGAAGGAGGAGAGAUCUCAAUUUAAGAAGGAAGAGGAGCACAAGUUUAAGUCGAUUAACAAAGAGGAGGAUGGUAAAGACACCAAAAGUGUAAAAGAGGAGAAGCCUUCUUACAGCAAGAAGGAUGAGAAAUACCGGAUAACAG